AUGAGCUUUGUGGUCCGCCCGUGCGCCCCCAGGGACCUGAAGGACAUCAUGCGCCUGGUCAAGGACAUUGCCGUCAUUUACAACGUCCCUCUGGAAAGUCUCUCCACCAACGUCCAAGAACUGGAAAAAGCCGGAUUCGGCCCCCGUCCGAAAUUUGAGUGUUUCGUGGCUGAGAUCCCUCCGGAGCGGAAGAGCCUCGAAGGUCGCAGCCUGGCUGGAUACGUUCUCUCCACCUACACCUACAGCAGCUGGAAAGGGAGAAAUCUCUACAUAGACAAUUUAUACGUCAUGCCAGAAUUCAGAGGGAUGCAGAUUGGGAAUUCCCUGCUCAAGGAGGCAGCAAAGGCCGCCUGGCAAGAGGGCUGCUCCGAGCUUCGCAUGCACGUUUCCUACCUGAAGCCCGAAAACACAGCUUACCUGGAGAGGCGGGGAAGCGAGAACCUCACCAUCCAAGAUGGCUGGAGACUGUUUCGGUUUUACGGCGACCGGCUCCGCCAAAUGGCGGAUCGGAGCCGGGUCUAG